AUGGCGACGGCCAGCUAUUCAAACCCGGAGUCGCUCACGGAGCUGUCCAGCAUCGUUGAGCGAACGCUUAUUGACACCGGUCGCUUAUUUCGCAAAUCUGGUUCAAUGCCCUCGAGAACCCACCUCCAACGGUCCAUCCCUUUGUAUCAUGAGAGUUUCCAAAAUGCACUCGACAACCUAUCAGAGCAAAUUUUCAUCGCCAAAGCCUUUUUGGAAAGGGACUAUGAUGCCCUCAAGGCAACUAGCGCACCUCUACCCGUCGAAGACGUGGCCAUGAGCGAUGUGAAUGAACAAGUCAAGCUUGAAGAUCAGCCACAGCCAGCUGAGAAAGUCGAAAUAGACCUCGAUUUGGUGGCGCCUAAAGUAGAAGAGGCUGCCCCUGUGAGCCAACCAACUCCUGCAGAGACCAAACCCGAGCUGCAGGAGGAGAAGCAGCAGCCCAUCAAACAAGAAGGCGGCAGCGCACUCAACCAAGCGUUCCCUGGUACAAAUGAGGAUCUCACAUUUGACUCAGUUCUGAAUGAAAGUGGUAACACCAAUGACUUUGGCCUAAGUUUGGACUUCAACGAUGACGACAUGGGCAAUCAAGCUUUCCUAUCGGGGUCGAACUUUACGGGUGGCGCCGAUAAGUCCAACACCCCUCAGCCUCCGACCGGUGGCGGUGCGUUUGACAUGGAGCUACAGAAGACUGAAGGGGACGAUGGGAACUUCCUGGAGCAGGGCAACGCGGAGGACUUCAUGGGUCCAGCGGAAUCCAAUUUCGACGACCUGUUCCUGGAUACUGACAAUUUUGAAGAGAACGGUGGAGACUUCAAUCAAUUGGAGGGGGACAGUUUGAUGAACGUCAAUGAGUUGGAUGAUAAUUGGUUCAACUGA